GCCGGGUCUUGAAGCUCCCCGGGGAUGGAGCUGGGAACAGGAGGGAUGAGAGAAAGUUGCAGGGAGACAAAUUUUAUAAGAUUCAGUGGGCCCAAUUCAUUCAGUAACAUUCGGCUUUUAUACCACACCAAUUUGUUGAAAGAACUGGAAUGUCUUGACGGAGCCCAGAGACCAUAGUAGGACAAAAAGCGCUUUAAGGACUUAUUUCCCACUGGGUUAUUAUUACUUUAUUAAUUUUUUUUUUUUUUCAGAUGGAGCCUCGCUCUGUCGCUCAGGCUGGAGUGCAGUGGCACGAUCUCGGCUCACAGCAGCCUCCGGAGUAGCUGGGAUUACAGGCGUCCGCCACCAUACCUGGCUAAUUUUUUUGUAUUUUUAGUAGAGAUGGGGUUUCACUAUCUUGGCCGGUCUGGUCUUGAACUCCUGACCUCGUGAUCCACCCGACCUGGAGUCCUACUGGAUUAUUAUAUUGAGCUCGAGAGCCUCCCCAGGCCCCUUUAGUUGAUCUUUCAAACCACAAAUCUUGGCUCACACCUGUAAUCGCAGCACUCUGGGAGGCCGAGGAGGGCGUAUCACCUCAGGUCAGAGCUGGAGACCAGCCAACAUGGUGAAAACCUGUCUCUACUAAAAAUACAAAAAUUAGCUGGAUGUGGUGGCUCACACCUGUAAUCCCAGAUACAUGGGAGCCUUAGGCAGGAGAAUCUCUUCAACUUGGCAGGUGGAGGUUGCAGUGAGCCAAGAUCACAACCCUACCCUCCAGUUUGGAUGACAGAGUGAGACUCAAAAAGAACAAAACAACAUAAAUCCCAGCAGACACUCCCUUGAUUAAAACCCUUCAAUGGUCUGCUUUUAGGAUUUAGUACAAACUUCUCAAUUUGGCUUUCAACACCCAUCUGUGCUCAUUCAUCCAUACCUUUUAAAAAUACAUCUUGAAACCUCAGCUCCUUUGCAUGUGCUAUUCUGCCUGGAAAACUCCUUUCCCCUCAUUCUUAACCUACUGUCUCUGAGUUCUCAGGAUCUCUUUCCUCUUCCUCUAUGCCCAGACUAAAAUUGGUUACCUGUUGGAUGCUGCCAUAGUACCAGGUGCCAUAGUACCUUUCUCUUACUAAUGAAUGGUUGGUAACCAUACAUCCAUUUAUGUAAUUAUUUGAAUGCUGUCUCCUUCACUAACGUUUUUCAAAUGUCUUUGACCUUGCCCCACAAAUACCUUUUACAUUAUAUAUGAUGCUCUCUGAUACAAUUUCUGAUUUUAUUGUUAUUGUGUGCAUGUACACAAAAUGCUGAUUGUAGCUUCCUAGUCAAUUAUAUGACUAGAAUGUGAAAAACACUGUUCUGGAUGUAAUCUGUCAUUGGUUUUGUUCUCUAUUUUAUCUCUUACCUCUAGUCUAGGGUAGGUGUUCAAUACAUGUUAGACUUUGAACAGAAGAUACAGGUUAGAAGCAGUGGAAAAAUGAAGAUUUUGUGCUUAUGAGAUUUACUUAAUGAAUUUAAACCUCAACCUCUCAUUAGCUGUCCUUUAGCAUGUUAACUUCUCUAUUUUCAUCUUUGAAAGGGGGAAUUACACCGCCUUGUGGAGGGGGCAAGUUUUCAGUACAGCGCCUAAGCAGCUGUUCAACAAAUAUUCAGUCAUGCUACUCUUCUGCUACAAGGAACCCUCCUCGUUGCUUCUCUCUGCUGCCUCCAGUAUCUGCUCCUUGCUUUCAGCCAGCUUUUCCUACUCUUGCCAAGAGGGAGAAACCAAGGAGCUCUGGUCAUCAGGUCACCAUUUGAAGGCCUGCCGAGCUGUGGCCUUCUCUCAAGAUGGGCAGAAGCUCAUUACUGUCUCCAAGGACAAAGCCAUCCAUGUUCUAGAUGUGGAGCAGGGCCGACUGGAAAGGCGUGUUUCCAAGGCUCAUGGCGCCCCCAUCAACAGUCUUCUGCUGGUGGAUGAGAAUGUUCUGGCCACUGGGGAUGACAUGGGUAGUAUCCGUCUCUGGGACCAGCGGAAGGAGGGCCCCUUCAUGGAUAUGAGGCAACAUGAAGAGUACAUCGCAGACAUGGCUCUGGAUCCAGCCAAGAAGCUGCUGCUGACAGCCAGUGGAGAUGGCUGCCUUGGUGUCUUCAACAUUAAGAGGCGUCGGUUCGAGCUGCUCUCAGAGCCUCAGUCUGGGGAUCUGACUUCUGUCACUCUCAUGAAAUGUGGGAAGAAGGUGGCUUGUGGCUCCAGUGAAGGUACCAUCUACCUCUUCAACUGGAAUGGCUUUGGGGCCACAAGUGACCGCUUUGCCCUGAGAGCCGAAUCCAUUGACUGCAUGGUUCCAGUCACCGAGAGUCUGCUGUGUACUGGCUCCACCGAUGGAGUCAUCAGGGCUGUGAACAUCCUACCGAACCGAGUGGUAGGCAGUGUGGGCCAGCAUGCUGGGGAGCCUGUGGAGGAGCUGGCCCUUUCCCACUGUGGCUGCUUCCUGGCCAGUAGUGGCCAUGACCAGCGCCUCAAGUUUUGGGACAUGGCCCAGCUGCGAGCUGUGGUGGUGGAUGACUACCGUCGGCGCAAGAAAAAGGGAGGACCACUGCGGGCCCUGAGCAGCAAGGCUUGGAGCACCGAUGACUUCUUUGCAGGACUGAGGGAAGAGGCAGAAGAUUUCAUGGCUCAGGAAAAGGAGGAGGAGGAGACUGGGGAUGACAGUGACUGAGGGAAUGAACUGAUUCCUCACCAGGCAAGAGUCUUGCUUAUUAGGCUGCAUUCCCCAGAGGAUAUAAAUUAUUUUUUAAAAAGACAGGGUUUCGCUGUCAUCCAGACUGGUGUGCACUGGCUCAAUCAUGGCUCACUACAGCCUCAACAUCCCCAGGCUCAGGUUGUCCUUCCACCUCAGCCUCUGGAGUAGCUGGGACUACAGGUGUGUACCACCACACCAGGCUUUUUUGUAUUUGUUUUGGUAGAAAUGGGUCUGUGCUGCCCAGGCUGGUCUUCAACUCCGGGACUCAAAUGAUCCACCUGCCUCUGCUUCCCAAAGUGCUGGGAUUACAGGCAUGAGUACCACCACAACUGACCCAAUUUUUUUUUUUUUUGUUAUGUUUUUCUCUUGUUGCCUGGGCUGGAGUGCAAUGGCGUGAUCUCUGCUCCCUGCAACCUCCACCUCCUAGGUUCAAGCGAUUUUCCUGCCUAAGCCUCCUUGAGUAGCUGGGAUUACAGCUGCUUUCCACCAUGCCAGGCUAAUUAUUGUAUUUUUAGUAGAGGGGGUUUCUCCAUGCUGACCAGGCUGGUCUUGAACUCCUGACCCAGGUGAUCUGCCUGCCUUUGUCUCCCAAAGUGCUGGGGUUACAGGUGUGAGCCACCACACCUGGCUUGAAUAUUAAUUUAUAAUACCCUACGGUGCAACACAAGAAAGAUGCACUCAAAGCACUGAUGUGAGGAAGUACUUACCCCGUAGCAGCUAUUCACUCUGCCAGUAUAAGACAAACUCGAAGCUGUGGCAAGACGGCACAGACACAAGCAUAUACUAACCAGGGGUUUAAUAUAAAUACAACCAGCACAGAAAAACCCAAAACUACAAAAACCGAAAGCAGAAUGCCAUGUGGUGGAGGCAAAGGGCAGGAUUUCUGACCCUUUGGCUCAGCUGCCCCUACCCCUAAAUAACCAACAAAGAGGACAAAUCAGGACAAUAAAGAUUCAUGCUAAACUGUGGGAGAGGGAAAAGGUAUGAUAGAUAGGAUGGGUGUGGGACAAGGAAUGGCCAUGUUAGAUCACAGGAUCAGUUUGGACCCUGGGCUGAGAGGAGAAAGGCAAGGGCCCUCACCAUAAUUUAGGCCAAACCUAAGCUGCCCCCUCCCAGCAGGGCGGCUAAAGGGCUUGGGGCCAUGUCCCUCCCCACCUUUGGGGUCAGAUAGUGGCCACCCAGGCCUGCUGGGUUGGAGCCUGACACAGGCUCUGCCUGCCCAUUCAGGCUGCCUCUGGAGAGAGAAUGGAGUCACUGUCUAACCAUGGUACGUGCCUCAGCUCCAGCAGACCACAGGAGGCUGGCCCCAGACUCAGUGAGUACCUGCAGCAGCUGUGCAGACACAGCAUCCUUGGCCACCUCAUGCCCAUCCUGCCCAUCUAGGGUCAGCACAACCCAGAUUAGGCCACUGAAGGGUACUGGAUGCCCAGGGAUCACGACCUGGUACCAGAAGCGGUGCCAGCCAGCAGGCCCGGUGCCCAAACACUUAGUAAGGAACACAGGGCUCCCCAGCUUCAUUCGUUGGCACAGCAACUGCAGGGUAGCUCGAGCCCCUUGGGACCCUAACUUGUCCCUUGCCAAGGCCAACUGGCUGCCUUCUGGCUGUGGGGACCGCAAGGAGGGACCCACAAGCUGCUGACGGAGUCGCUGCUUCAGGUCUGGCUUGAGCCACUCCACAGCGACAGGCUCUCCACAGAGGUGUGAUUGCCCUGCAGGAAAAAAAGACAAGGGCAGAUCUAAACCCUGGGUCCAAGCCUCCAGGCUGUAAGCCCUUUGGAGCAGCAACCCAGGCUUAUAAUUUGUAGCUUUCCCAUUUCCUGGUAGUGUAACCAAGGGUAAGAAAAGAAGCAUUCAAGCUCCAUUACUUGCAAAGGGAGGGUAACACAACUGCUACAUUAGCAGUUUCCUUGGAGGAGUACUGAUUAAUGCAGUAUUUGUCUGCCUCAUAACCAUCAUAAUGGCCAAUCUUUACUGUGAAAACUUGCUAGAAGUCAGUGUGCUAAGUACCAUACACACCCAUUGUCAAAACAGUCUGAGAAAACAGGUUCUAUAGUAGUAAAAGGCUCAGUUGGAUUCCCUUGAGCAAAUCAAUUUAACAGUUUCCUCAUAGCUGGAGGGUCCUGUGCCUAUUUUGCGGGGUGGGGUGGGGGAAUGUUGAGGAUUAAGUCAGAAGAUAAUGCUCAGGUAGUGUUACAAAUUUAGGUAAGUGGUGUUAGUAGCACCAUUUUAAGUUUUAAAAAUCUGAGAUCAAAUAAUAAAAGGCUGCAAAUUCUGGCA